AUGGAAUUCGUGCGAAUGUUGCGAAUUGCAUCGAUCCCAAGGUCGGAAGCCACUCGCGGCCAGGCCCUCGACCAUCAGAAUCAUGAUACCUACAUCAAAUACCAAUCAGUGCUAAAAUCAUUGGACAUCCAGGCCCUUGUCUAUGACUUGGAGCCAGAUUAUGAAUGCCGAAAUAUGGAGCAAAGUAUGGCUCACCAUCGAGGCCCCAAUGUCCCAAUGAAACUGGAUGCAGCUUCUAUUGACGUAUUCGAAAAUACAGAUGAAGUCUAA